UGCACACAAUCUACCCACACUUGGGUACUUGGGUCACACCGCGACUCCGCAGGCGGAUGCUCCAUCUCGCGUCGCCUCAGAUUAAAUUUGUUUUUCGUCUUCCACGGAGGAGCGAAUGCAAGAUUAUUUAAAAGUUUUGCCUAUUUUAUAGAAUGCAGAAACAAACAAAAAUGUUACAAUUUAGGAGAACAUUUGAGAAUGAGCAGAUUCAGCUCCAGGAUCUGAACACGAGGCUAAGGCAGUACCUGUCCAGAGUGAAGGACCUGGAGCAGGAUAACGCCCUGCUCAUAAAGGAGAUAAACACCAUCAAGCAGCAGAGGACGGCGGAAUGGGAAAAAAAAUAUUUGACCGAAUUGAGGGAACUCAGGAAUGCGGCGAAUCAGUUGACUUUAGAGAAGUCCAAAGCAGAGAUGGAACGAGAGAAGCUCGGGCGAGAAUUGCAGACGAUACAGGCACUGUGUUGCGAGGAGACCGUUAUCUACAGAAACAUUGAGGGCGAGCGGAAAGGCUGCGAGAAGCAACUGCAGCAAGGGCUCAAGAAGAACGCCGCCCUGGAAGAGCGGUUGGUCCAACUCGAGAACGAGUACGUCUGCCUGGAAGAUGCCCACAGAAAAGAGAUCUCCCACCUCAGCAACGAGGUGUAUUCGCGAGCGAUGCCCGUUGUUGUCACUCAAAAUGGCCAGGGUCGCCCCGCCGUUACCAUGGAAGAAAUCGAGGAAUACUCGCACAUGAUGGCAGAAAGUUUGAAUGAGAAUUUCGAGGUGUAUUGCCGCAGGAUCGAUGACAUGGAAGACUCGAUCAAAGCUAACCAGGCAAAGUUGGAAGACCUACACCGAGAAAAGACCCAGUACGUUUCUGAGCUAAAGAAACUCCGCGAGGAAGCUCACAAACAAAACGAGUUACAGUUGCAUCUUGAGGAUCAAAUUGUGCAAAUUCAGGAUCGAUUUUAUCUGGAGAUGGACCAAUAUCAGGGCAUCAUCGGGGAGCUGGAGGAGGAGCGGAGGGAGAUAGCCAACACCAUCGCUGAGAAGCUGAGGGAGUAUCAGCAGCUCAUGCAGGUGAAGAUGGGCCUGAGUCUGGAGGUGGCCACAUACAGAGCCCUGCUGGAAGGAGAAAGAAAAGAUCCUGUCCAGAAAAUGGAUCAAUAUGGAAGGGAGACGUCCCGGAGAAUAGAUAUUAAGAUGCCAGCACAACCUUGGUCGACUGCAACCAGGCAGGAAGUACGGAAACAGUACCCUGAGGCCCGAUACACGGACCUGGCAUCAAGCCUGAAGGCUUCAUUUGGGUCAACUAACAUCAGGUCCACUAGUCCCGCAAGGCUCAUCCCCAUCAGCAUUUCUGGGAGGGAUCAGCAGAGUGCCCCUGCCCGAAGAGACACGCCCUCCUUCACCAAGGGAUCACACACUACCACUAAUGUCAAAAAGACGACUGUGGAAGAGAGAAGCGCGAUAACUAAAGGUCCGCUACAAAAGCCAACAGCCAAGGAUACAGCGAAUCAACAUCAGCCAGGCUUAGCAACCAGGUCCAGCCCUGCACCUGCCCCAAGGAAGGACAAAACAACCGUGGUUACGACUUCAACAGAAAGCACUCUAGUGGUGAAUGGAAAGGGGGAAGGCAAGCAUGAUUUGGGAGGAUCCAAAGUUGAUAAGACAGAGGGCAGGGAAGAAAAGGAUGCAAACAAGGUCACGGUGAAGGAAUGGAAGACUCCAGACCGGGAGGAUGUGAGGAAGAGGUCGGAAGUGCAGAACGAUGGUCCUGAGGAGGUGAGCUCAAGUGAAAGACUACCAGGUGGCACUAAUAUCCAAAAGAUAAUUGUGGAAGAGAGAACCGUGAGAACUAAAGAACCGCUGCAAAAACCAGCAAAGGAUUCAGCCAAUCAGCGUCAGCAAGGCUUUACAACCAGUCCCGGCCCUGGACCUGAACCAAUGAUGGACAAUACAACCAUAGUCACGCCUUCAACAGAAAGCACCAUUGUGGUGAAUGCUAAGGGGGACAGUGAGCAUGAUUUUAGAGGACCCAAUGUUGAAAAGACGGAGGGUAAGGAAGAAAAGGAUGCAAACAAGGGCACUGUGAAAGACUGGAUGACUCCAGGCUGGGAGGAUGUGAGGACCAGCAAUGUCCCAGAGAGGUCAGAAGUUCAGAGUGACAUUCCUGGGGCGGUGAACUCAAGUGAAAAGCUACCAGCCACCACUUAUGUCCAAAAGACUAUUGUGGAAGAGAGAAGCGUGAGAUCUAAAGAACCACUCCAAAAACCAGUGAAGGAUUCGACCAAUCAAUCUCAGCCAGGCUUUGCAACUACGGCCAGCCCUGGACCUGAACCAAUGAAGGGCAAAACAACCGUGCUUACGACUUCAACAGAAAGCACUUUUGCGGUGAACGCUAAGGAGGACAGUGAGCAUGAUUUUGGAGGACCCGAGGUUGACAAGACGGAGGAUAGGGAAGAAAAGGAUGCAAGCAAGGUCACAGUGAAGGAAUGGACAACUCCAGACUGGGCGGAUGUGAGGACCAGUAAUGUCCCAGAGAGGUCAUACAUUGUGAUUGAUCCCGACGAGGCAGGCUCAAGUGAUGAAAAGAUGGUGGAUUAUAUUUACAUGGAAGAGAUAAUUGAGAAGGUGAUGAGACCUGCUGGUCUGGACACCAAGUUCAUAAGCUCAUCUCCCGACUCAAAGGUGGCCUACCGCAUGGAGAAAACAGAGGAUGAGGAUGGUAAGACAAAGACCCAGAUCAUCCUAGAAACCAGAGUAGAGGAGGAUAUGGAUGUCAGUGAUGACUCUGUUCUGGAGGAGCUCCUCAGCAAGGGGGUGAAGAAGGUUGCCCUGGACGACAUCAAGGGAACCCCAACAGGGAGUGCAAUUGAGAACCUCCUCAGCCUGGGGCACCACGGUGGUGCUGGUGACCUCAAAAACAAGUCUGUCAAUGUGGAGAUCAUUGAGGAGCCAGGUGAGGAUCGUGGUAAUGGAGAGGGUGAGGCUAAUCCUACUCCAACAUUCCAACAGCCCUCUUCCAUGUUCUUCCAGAUUGAAGAGCUUGACGAUGAUUCUCAUGGCACUAAGCUCCCAGAAGGUAAGACAGAGGUGAGUAAGCCCACGCCAAAUGAGGAGACAGGGUACCAAAAGGAGGAGUCCGCCUGGGUUCGGGAAGGUUACAGGGAGGCAGAUGACCCCUACUUCAGCCAUGCCCAGGAAACAGAAUACUUUGUCUCUACACCCGAUGAAAGUAUCUCUGAGUCCGAAGAGGAACGUGGAAUUUCAUCCUACGGACAUUAUGGAGUGGUAGAUGACUUGUCUGAUGAGAGGUACUAUCAAGAGGUGCCACCGAUCAAUCCCAGGUUUGAAGAGGACAAAGGGUACAGGUCAGUGCACAGGAGCUCGUACAUGACAAGUGAACUAGGCUUUUCUAAGGACCGGUUCCCAGAAUGCAUCAUUGAGGAGGAGGUGCAAGUCUCUCCCACAGUGCAGGAGUCUGUGCUGGAGCUCCUGAAAGAAGACUCCAUGGACCCAAAGCAACAACUGAGGGGAGCCCUGGACAAACUCCAAGGGAAUGUUUCCGUGUUGCUGCAGGAUGAGCUGUCCCAUGUUACAGAGAAUGACCAGGAGGGUGCCUCUGUUGAUGUCAAGAAAGUGCCGGAGGUCUUGGAGAGUAGAACAGUGGAGCUCAAGGAACUGGAUGAUUCUGACUUACUGGAGGACAGCGAGACUGAGGAACAGGUGCUGGUAUCAUCCCACCCCAGCCAGCAGCAUUCCACCAGCAGUAAAACAGUCCGAAAGUAUACAGUGAAAAUCAUCAAGGAUCAGGAAGCAGAACCACAAAGCGCGGUGUCAACAGCGGGUCUAGACGUCUUCCGUACGGAGGAAUCUGCAGACGAUGUCCACAAAACCGAGAGGGUCAUCAGACUGGGUCCCUCUGAGAGGUCGCUCACGUUCCAGAUGGACAUCGGGAACGAUGGCAAGGUGACGUCCCUACCUGCUGAGGGCGGGGCACAGGAGUUUCAGGGUUUCGUUUCUGAAAGCCUGGGGGCAGCAGGAUCGAGUGGCGGAGAGGGGCACAAGGGCGUGUACAGCUACGUGCGGAAAACGACUGUGAGCUACGACCAGGGUGACGAACCCAGCUACAGUCACGGCCACGGCCAUGAGGGGGAGGCUAGGAAGUGGGAUGACCUCACAAGGCAGCAGGUCGAAUAUGGCCGGGUGCUGCAGACCCAAUUUUUUGACCCCCAGCUGAAGAUCAGUGAGGAGAAGAAGAUUGCCACAGUCUUCUUGGACAGUGUUGACAAAAUUUGAGGGUAAAAUUUAGUUUAAAUAGAAGGCACUGCUUCAAUUUUCCCUCAAAACAGUGAAGUAAAACUCAGUAUAAGUACAUUUUAAUUUUGGUUAACCUCCAGCAGUUGUCCUGCACAGAAUGGUUUGGUUUGGCUAUCACAAUUAAUAUGAGUAACGAGUCAAAAUAAAUAGGAAGGUUUUGCAAUAUAAUGCAUUGUUUUUGCUUGCAAAGUUGUAUAAGCUAUAUUACAUUCUGCUGUGCAAAGUUUUAGAGGAAUCUUCUUUUCUUGCUGCAAGAUAUUUUCUUUUCUCUUGUUCUUAAAUAUAUAUUUUUGUACUUCAUUUAGAAUUACUACCAAGCCUUUGUCUGUCACUGAGCUGGUGAGCAAUUACCAAACAAAAUUUUACAAAAAGUUACUCUCCAAACUACUUUCCAAUAUGAAGCUUUUGUGUAUGCAUGUCAUACAACAUUGAUAUUUGUUUAUUCAGUAGUUUAAGUAUACAUACUUUUGUUUGUUAUUCAGACAAAUAUUGGCAAUUGUACCAGUAUUAACAAAUUCAAUUUGGUCGUUUUGUUGAAGGUCUCCAUGUUUCAUAUUUGUUUUGGGCACUUCCGAUGUCUUCCUAAAAUAUCUAACGCAAUAAGUUUAAAAUUCUGAUUUAACAGCAUUGAAUGUGUAACUGAAAUACCGCACCUUACAUACUUAAUACGAAACAAUGGUUACUUGUUUUCCUCACCCUCUGGCUGUUAUUUUCUGAUCUUUAAAUGGCAUUACGCGGUAGUUAAAGAGGUCUAAUCCCUACGGCUCGGGUUCAGGAGAGUGAGUGAUAAGUAAGAAAAGGCGCGGACAUGUGCACAUUCUCCCACAGGACUGUACUGUAUGUCUCGCUGCAGUGGAACGGAAGAGCCCAGCACGUAUUCAGCGCAUGCUUUUCUAGUUUAUCACUCACACCGGCAACGAUAGCCUACUAUGCUCCCGUGUAUUACUAUUAGAAACGUUUUUUGGUAAGUCUCUGUGACUGGGAGUGUCCUGUAAGCAACGGAAAUGUUACUUAAAAGUGGGAGGACUAAAUAUCCCCUGCUGCGUUAUUGAGUGCUAGGUAAUCCUGAGUUGGCCAUCGACCCUGGAUCAGGUGAAGCCCAGCGUAGUCAUGGUUAUUUUAAGAACUGCCGCCAGCACGGUCAGGCUUCUACUGCAAAAGCAGAAGUGGCUUCAAGCCAAUCACCUUAAUCCGUCUGGCUUCUACCUGUCACUUGAUCACGUGUUAAAUCAAAACACUGAAGAUCGUUGAAACAGAUGAGUUUGCAGCUUCGGGUUUAUUUAGAAUGCUUAAAUAACCAUUAAUGCACACGUUUAGAUUGGAAACAAUUUCCAAAUGCAAUCUUUUCGUUAAAAAAGGGAAAAACAUUUUCGCAACUAGCCCUGUGCACUGUAAACGGUACAUAAAUUAUGGUCACACUGAAUGUAGUUUGUCUUAGUUUGCAUUAAACAUCUGCUUCAGGAUCCUUCUGGUGGAGGUGUGAUUAGGCCUCAAUCAAAGUAUGAAAAUGGCUUUUUUUCCCCCUCCAAACCUGACUUGGUUUUACUCUGAUGCACUUUUUAUCAUAUUUAAUCAGAUAUUAGAAACAGUACGUUGUGAACCGUGGAAUGUCAAGUAAAAACGUCUGGGCUUGUGAGUACAGGACGUACUGCAUGCUCAACACAAGGUGAAUGUCUGCCAAACAUACACUGAACGACACACCGCAUGAUUGUCGCUGUGGCACACCACCACCUCGGUUGGACACUUUCAGUGGAGAUCUUUUUCACAUGAUUACUCAUUAAGAAUGGUAUUAAUUGGGAACUUUUAAAAAGGAGACACGUUGUGUUCAUCCGUUUUUUAAACGAUUAUUGAGGGCUAAAGGAUAAAAAACAGAAAAAACAGAUUUGUAUUUUUUCUUGAAACUGGUAAAUGCUGCAGAAAAACUAUUAAACAGUUAUUUCAGGGCA